UGAGCAGAACCACUGAGCGAUCAAAUGUUACACAUGCAAGCUCUUCUUUAUGGAGCCCAUCAUCCCAGCCCCAUCAUUCCCGUUCUCUUCAUCUUCUACUAGGCCCAAGGUUAGGACAGCCCGCCUCCGCAAGGGGUGGGAAUCGUGCGGCGAGUGUCAGCGACAAAAGACAAUAUGCCGAUUUAGGGACGAGGCCGCUGCCUGCGAACGUUGUACCAAGCAUCGACUCGCCUGUACCUUCCACACGGACCAAGACGGGCGACAGAGCUCGACCUCUCGGCGGAGAUUUGAAGAAAUGCGGGCGGAACGGGAUACUCUGGUCGAGCUGUUCCAAGCUCUGAAGAACAGUUCAGACGCGGAUAUUGCGCCUUUGUUGGACCUCAUUCGCAGCAAAGCAAGUCUUGCCGAUAUAAGACUGCAUCUCGACAACGACAGAUCUCAACAUCGGCAACAGAGGUCCUCGCCUCCCAACGUGGAAGAUAAAUCUUCAACCCUGGUCGAGAAUGCUGAACAUGCAAAUCAGUGAUAAGAUACGACUCGUGGCAGAUCAAUGUGCUUUGCGCAUGAUACAGCUUCCCAUAUCCCAUGGUCCAAAUGCAAGGAAGCACACCGGGAGGAUGCCGAAUGGCAAGGGCAGAACGUAUCCGGC